AUGCAUAAGUUGGCCAACAACGACAGUGAUAUAAACUCCGACGACUGCAAUGAAACGGCGCAGGAGUGCAUUUACGGGUUCAGCUCCCCGAAGAAGCAGAGGCGGGCGGGCAGCCACGGCGAUGCCGAUUGUGAUGCUGAUGCAGAUUGCGACUCUGAUGCAGAUUGCAGCAGCGGACGGAGAAGCGCGGGAGAGCCCCCAAGGGAUGGGCCAGUCCAGAUGAACAUUGCGGGUCUGCACAAGAAUGAAGAGGAUUUCAAACCGGGGGGUGCAAAUGAGGAAGAGGAGGAAACGAAUGAUGAGUACACGGAGGACAGCGACUACGAUGAGGGAGAAGAUGACGACGAGGAGGAGGUGGAGGAGGCAGAAAGGGGGUCGCACAAAAAUGGUGCAAUACCGCACGAGAAUGACCGCGCUUCUCGCGCUUCUCGCGCUUCGCACGCUUCUAACCCCUAUGACCCGUCUGACGAUUGGAACGCCUCGGACGAAUCGCGCGAGGCGCACGAUCCCGGAGAUGACCUGUACGACGCGGAACUGAACGAAAUGAUCGACCAGGAGUACUUCAGAGAACUCAUCCCUGCCAUCCCCCACGACACGCUACAGGCAUACAUCACGUGUUUAAAAAUGUUCGGUUUUGAAAGGGAAGUGCAACUGCACCGAUUGGUCAACCUACUUGGAGACCUACGGGAUCCAAUUGCGGUCAUUCAGGUCCUAGGUCUACCAGGCAUGGGGAAAACAAAGGUCGUUAAAAGUUUUAUAAAAUUAAAAAACGUGCCAUUCGCAUAUGUAAAUUGCUUAAUGGCUCUGUAUCAAUCUGGUAAGUCAGCGAAGAAUGUCAUUUAUCACACGAUUUUAAAAGAUCUGAGCACAAAUCUUUUGCAUGAAUUUGAAGAAUAUAAAAAGUCAAAUGGCUUCACAAAUUAUUCGUAUGAUCCCACCAAGUUAGUUCCAAACCAUGUGUCCAACACUGAUGUGUUUUUUAAUGUUCUUCAUAAGCUCUUGUCCUUUCGUCCCGAGGAUGGAAGGGGAGGUGGGGAUUCCUCUCCAGGGAAGAAACGUCGCCACGGACCUGGUGAUAACGCAUCAGAAGAAACGAGCAAAGGGAUGACAUCUCCAAAUCAGCACCUCCACAAAGACAACCUGUACGAUCGAUCAGUUGUCUUCAUCCUGGAUAACGUGCGCUACUUAGUAAGAACACACCCAGAUUUAUUUUACGCCUUGACCAGGAUUCAUGAAUAUAUUCGAGGCCCAUAUAACGACAUGACCAAAGCGAACAGGACGACUAGAGGUUUGUGUAUCAUCCUAAUAAAUAGGUCCCCAUUGCCAGACGAAAUAUUUGAUGGACUGCCUCAACCCCCAACCGUUUGGUUUGACUCUUACACAGCAGAUAUGUGCAAAAAUAUUCUCUACCGCCUUUACAAUACCAUGUGUUUUGAAUCUCUCCUCACAUACAAUGACAAGGAUUUGAAGAUCUACUGUGUGAAGGAAAACAAAACGGAAUUUCUAAUCAAAAGGAAUAACGUCAUUCUGGAGAACGAAGUCAUUUGUGACAUCUGGUGCAGAUUCGUCGACUACAUUAUUAAUGUGUCUUAUAAAGAUUAUAAGAGCGAUUUUCAUGAGCUCCUUUUUAUAUGUGCUCACAUGUGGCCUCUCUUCAUAAAACCUAUCCUAGAAGGCACCUUAGAACCUAUUGUAGAAAAUAUGAAUGCUCUACAAAGGAAUAUAGAUACACAUAUCCGAGUGGCUACCUACAACCAUGCUAGCCAUUUUACAUUCGAAUUAAUUGAUUCCGUUUUCUUGAAUGAAAAUAAUUUAAAAAAUAAAGUGGACCUAUCCUUCUAUUCAAGAGUUUUACUUGUAGGGGCAUAUCUGGCCUCCAGAAAUUUACCCCUAACGGAUAAACGCUUUUUCAAUGCCACUGUUAAAGGAGGUGCCUUUACCCUACCCAAGAAGAGAAAGGGCAGGAGUAAAAACGAAUCUAUUUUAACCUUAAUUGGUCAGGCGAUUCCAAAAAAUUUCACCUUCAUACGAUGGAUAUGCAUAACAGAUUGCCUCCUCGUGUGCUUCUUCAAUGAAAAGCUAACCAUGAACAGCCUCAUCUGUCACCAAAUAAAUACCCUCAUUCAACUUGGAUUCGUUAGCUUCUGUUCUGCAAAUAAUAUGUCCUGCUUGGUCCGCAACAGCUUGAUGAAUGGAGUGCAGUGGAGUGGCUACUGUGGGAGUGCGUUACUCAACUCCACCAACAGUUUCUCCUCCCUAGGACAUAACAUCUUUUCUGAUAGCGCAAACUCCGUUUCGUAUGAGUCGUUGGACCCCUACACCAAGCUGGCCAUCCAGGUCCCCGAGGACACCAUCCGCGGUAUAGCCAGGGACCUCAAAAUCCCCCUCGACGAGUUGAUUCUCUGA